AUGGCUAUCAAUCAACCAAUUCUUCCUGUUCCUCAGUCAGACGCUACUGUAGCGAUUCGAGUCAUCGAUACCGGUUCAAGAGCUAGUACUUCUGCUUCCGAAUUUUUCAAACCCACCAUAUCUGGCCAUGAUAUUCUCGCCAAUUCACCUGCCUAUCCUUUUCUCAUCGGACACGGUUCAGGCCGCAAAGCCAUCUUUGACUUUGGUAUUCGCAAGGACUGGCGCAACUUUCUGUCAGCGCUGAUCAAGAUGUUCGAGCCUGCAGUCGUCUUCAAUUGUAGUCAUCGGCAUUUUGAUCGCGUCGGUGAUACUUCGCGUUUCGCUGCUGAUACAGAGCUUAUUGUUGGGCCUGGCUUUUCCAAUGCCCCCAUCCCUGGCUACCCGGCAGGCGAAAACAGCCCAAUUCUGGAGGCAGAUUAUAAGUUAGCCUCCCGACGACAACAAGAAUACAUGACUGAUCGUUUUAACCAGGCACCGCCCACU